UAUAUUUCUCCUCUUAACAAGCCUAAAAUCAAACCAUCAUCAAACAUUCAAUUCAAUUCAACAAAACCAAAAUCUUUGAUCCAUCAUAUAUUAAUUACAAUUUACAACCUAGCUUCAAUGACUACAUUGCAAUCUUUGUCAAAGGGUUCGAUAUCAACAUUUAGAUUGGACCAUAUCACACAGUCUUAUUUUGUUCGUUCCAUGAAUAAUCAUGCUGGUCUCCAAAUUAAAUCCGCCAUAUCAAUUCCAAAGUUACCAAACUUUAAGCAUUUGAAAGAGUUGAAUAUGUCCAAUAUUGCUACCAAUACCCUCUUUAAGAAAAACACAAAAACAACAAUAAUCCCAAAAGAAGUUGUUAUUAGUCAUGAUAAUGAGGAUCAUAGUGAUCAUCAUGCAACAUUGGAAACCAUUAAACUACAUGUGGUUUUGGAAGCCGUAUUAGAUAGAAUAGAGAUGCACCAUAACAUUGGUGAGCAACGUGAGAAUUGGAACUCUUUAUUGUUGAACUCCCUCAACAUGAUCACCCUAACCGCCGCCACCAUGGCCGGUAUGGUAGGGUUUUCCGGCGAGCAUCAUUCCUUAGGGUUAAACGUAGCUUCAACCCUACUCUUUGCUGCGGGGACCGGAAUCCUUUUGAUAAUGAACAAGAUCCAGCCUUCUCAACUAGUCGAGGAGCAAAGGAACGCGGUAAGGCAUCUAAAGCAACUCAAAAACAAGAUCCAAAUGAUUAUUUCUCUCCGGCCACCAGCACAAGAAGACGUGGAGGCGGCCGUGGAGGAGGUUUUAGCCCUAGAUAGAGCAUACCCUCUUCCUCUCCUAGGGUCCAUGCUUGAAAAGUUUCCCAAUACUUUCAAGCCCGCCGUGUGGUGGCCCGCAGAAAAACCUGGAAAUAUCAAUGCUCCAAAAGAAAACUUGGUUGUCAAGAAAGGGGUAGUGAAUAAUGGAUGGAGUAAGGAGUUGGAGGAAGAAAUGAAGCAAAUUGUUGGAGUAAUAGAUAGGAGGGAUAUAGAAGAUUAUGUUAAACUAGGGAAUAAAGCAUUGAAGUUUAACAAAACCCUAGCCAAGUGUGGCCCGUUGUUAAUGGGUGUCGCCACCGUAGGAGCGGCUUUCGGUGGGCCGUGGGGAGGGCUCGUGGCGGCCGUAGCGGGGUCCACAGCUAGUGUGGUGAAUAGCAUAGAGCAUGGUGGACAAGUAGGGAUGGUGUUUGAGAUGUAUAGGAAUUGUGGUGGAGCUUUUAAGUUGUUGGAAGAGACAAUUGAGUCAAACUUAGAAGAGAAAGAUUUAGAGAAGAGGGAAAAUGGUGAGUUGUUUGAGAUGAAAGUGGCUUUGCAUUUGGGAAGGAGUUUGUCUGAGCUUAGAGAUUUUGCGGCCUCUAGUCCCAAAGGUGAAUUUGCAAGCAAGCUUAUUUAAUUUAUUUUUUUAUAAUUAGAAAAUGUGUAUAUUUAAUUAGCUAGCUAGGAGAAAUUAUUUAUUCUUUCAUUUAUUCAUUAAUUAAUUCAGGGUUAAUAUUGUACACAUUUGUAUAGGAUGUACAAUUUUAACCCCAUCUUGUUUUACUAAAUUGGUAAAACAUUAAAUUCACUCGUAGUUGCAUAUUGCAUCUAUUGUAAUUAAUCUAAAGAGGUUUGAGUUAAUAAUGACAU